AGCCAUCAAUCGAAUCUAUUACAACAGUCAAUCGCCGACUUUCACCAUUUAUAUCCGUUACGAAGCCGAAAAGACCCGUAAAAACGACCAAUAACAGAGGGCAAUUUCCUUUUUUUUCCAAUAUAGGUAUAUUAAAUUAAUGCAACGGAGAAGAUCCCAAUUUUGUCAUCUUGAAAUUUCCUAAUCUCUUUACCUCAUUUACGAGCGUAGACUCGGUUCACAACAACAAGAAAAGAAAAAAAAAAACCCACUCUCGGAUCAUCCAUCAUCAAGGAAAAAAAAGGCUGCAGUAGAGAGAGAAAGAGAGGGUAAUUUUAGACAGAGAAAGUCCGUUUGUUGCUGUAAUGGCGGAAGGAGAGAGCGUCAAAUUGUUCGUAGGGCAAGUGCCGAAGAGCAUGACUGAAACUCAGCUCCUUGUUAUGUUCAAAGAGUUUGCGCAAGUGGACGAAGUCAACAUAAUCAAAGACAAGACCACCCGUGCUUCUCGAGGGUGUUGUUUUGUGAUAUGCCCGUCGAGAGAGGAAGCCGACAAGGCGGUUAAUGCGUGUCAUAACAAGAAGACGCUGACCGGGGCAUCUAGCCCGUUGCAAGUGAAGUAUGCUGACGGCGAGUUGGAAAGGCUAGAGCACAAACUCUUUGUCGGUAUGCUUCCAAAAAAUGUGUCCGAUGCUGAGGUCUCUGAUGUAUUUUCGGAAUAUGGAACCGUAAAAGACUUGCAACUUCUUAGAGGCUACGAGCAAAGUAGCAAAGGUUGUGCUUUUCUGAAGUUUGAGACCAAAGAGCAAGCACUUGUGGCUAUAGAAGCCCUCAACGGCAAGCAUAAGAUGGAAGGUUCGACUGUUCCUUUGGUGGUCAAGUGGGCUGAUACAGAAAAAGAAAAACAAGCUCGACUAGCUCAGAAAGCUCUGCCGUUAGCAUCUAAUGUACCAAACACUGAUUCCCGGGGGCAUUCAUCUAUGUUUGGUGCUUUACCAAUGGGUUAUAUGCCUCCAUAUAAUGGAUUCGGUUAUCAGACUCCGAGGACUUACGGACUCGUGCAUUAUCGGCCACCACCGUUUCAGAAUCAACACACGUUUCACAAUCUGGUUCCACCUUUAAACCAAGGAAGUGCUAUGCGUGGUGUCGCACCAAGAAAUUAUGCCAUGUCACCCACUAGUUAUGUAGGAUAUCCUUAUCCAGCAUUGCCCGGCAUUCAGUUUCCCACGAAUUAUCCUGGUGGAAUUAUUAAUAACCGUCCAUAUGUGGGUUCUUCCGGUUCUAUUUCCCCUUCUACUGCAAAUACCCAUUCCGCAGCAUCUUCGAGUGUCAACACAAGUUCUAGGGGCCAGAUUGAAGGUCCAUCAGGAGCCAAUUUGUUUAUUUACCACAUUCCUCAAGAAUUUGGCGAUGAAGAGCUUGCAAAUGCGUUUCAGCGUUUCGGUAGGGUAUUGAGCGCCAAGGUUUUUAUCGACAAAGCAACUGGCUCCAGCAAAUGUUUUGGAUUCGUAAGUUACGAUUCACCAGUGGCAGCUCAGAACGCGAUUAGCUUGAUGAACGGCUUUCAGUUGGGUGGGAAAAAACUGAAGGUUCAACUUAAAAGAGAGAACAAGCAAAACAAACCUUAUUUACUUUAAGGUAAGUGAUCGACGAAAGUAAAACUCGUAAGCAUGAUUGGUUACACUACACGAGAGCGCUCAACUGUGGAAAAUUACUGCAUCUUGAGUGAACGGCGGGGGUGGAUGUGUAAUAUUCCGUCCUUCCAGAUUAAAGUCCUAGAAACUUGUAAUUAUUCAUUCAUGACUUUGCCACUGUACUUGUAGUUUGUAACAUGGAUACAGUCUGGAGAUUAAUCAUUAGUUUUAUUGAUUUUUAUUUGU